UCAGCGGGGGAGGCCGUCAGCUGUGUGGUCUGUUAUCUCUCUGUCUCUGUUGGACGGAGCUUUACAGCGGCCUCUUUCUGUAUUGUACCGUCUCCCUCCUUCUCCUGCCGCCGCCGCCACCACCACCACCGAGCGUCCUCGACAACCUCCCCUCAGCCCCGCCGAGCAGGUCUCACACACACACACAAGAGGCCUCUCCUCUCCACAGCCAGCGCGGCUAGGCCUCAGGCCUCCCUCUCUUUAUCCAGGGCCUCGGCCUUACCCCCUCUCCCGCCCGCCCUCCCUCCCUCGCGGCCCAGGAGGCUUCCCCGCCGGGGCCAUGGCCAAGGUGCAGGUGCUGAACGUGGUGGUGCUCGACAACCCGUCGCCCUUCAACAAUCCCUUCCAGUUCGAGAUCACCUUCGAGUGCAUCGAGGACCUGCCGGACGAUCUGGAGUGGAAAAUCAUCUAUGUUGGUUCUGCUGAGAGCGAGGAGCAUGACCAGGUGUUGGACUCGGUGCUGGUGGGACCUGUCCCUGCUGGCCGCCAUAUGUUUGUGUUUCAGGCUGAUGCCCCGAAUGCAGUGUUGAUUCCCGAUGCAGAUGCAGUGGGUGUGACUGUGGUGCUGAUCACCUGCACGUACAGAGGCCAGGAGUUUAUCCGGGUGGGAUAUUAUGUGAAUAAUGAGUACACCGAUCCCGAGCUAAAGGAGAAUCCACCAAUGAAACCAGAUUAUGCCAAGCUUCAGCGGAACAUUCUGGCCUCCAAUCCCAGAGUUACCAGGUUCCACAUCAACUGGGACAGCACAGGCGAGAAGACGGAAGAUAUUGAGAACGUUGACCCCAGCACAAAUUCCAUGCUUCCUCCAACCUGUACUCCCCUCAAAGGCCACGGAAUGGCAGGAAACGCCCUGAACAUUGUUCCUGAAAAUUCAAUGGACUGCAUGUGAAACUGGAUUUAAAAAGGCUUGCGUUUCUGGAGAAUGACCUAGGGGGAAAAAACAUAUCCAGAAUUUAAACUUUUCAAGUUGUAAUUCUGCAGGGUUAAUUUUGAGUUUUCAUCUUCAGAAUUGCAUAAUUCUCAGGAGGCAUUAAAUCAGUGAGGGGGGGGGGGGUCGGAGAAGAGCAAAGGGAGGUCAAGGUGACAGCAUUGCAACUAAGGGCCACACCAGCCACGAUGGCCCCCGACUCUCAGAUGCACUUGAUGUCUGUUCAGGUGGGUUGUUUGCCCAACGUGAGCAAUAAUGAUGCUUAUUAUCAGUAAACAUUCUGGGAUUACAAAACCAGUUGGUGCCUAUUGUAAACUAGCCACAAGUACGAGGUGUAACUUGGGAUGUAUGUUGUUUUGUAGAUUGUGUGUUUUCGCUAGGUUGUGGUUAAUUCCAGCAGGUGGGUGUGCUGGAAAUCCAGUUUGUGUUUGUUUCUGGACAACGCCUUUCAACCUCUCACUGGUCCAGCUCUCUGCAACUUCCAACAUUCGGCCACUUGGAAUAAUCACGGCAGCAAGAUGGGCAACAAGUCCCUUGGUAACUAAGCCUGCGGAAACAAGUAUCCACAUGGCACUGGGAGAGGGAUUUUUCACUUUGAAGAACUAGCCAGCAGUCUGAACAUUCCACUGUACCACUCUGCCAGGUUCAAACAGGGAAACAAUGAGGUUUAUUGUCACCGUGUCAGCUGUUUGAACAUCAGUACUCUGUGCAGCUGUCCAGUUUUCAAGAUUAAUGCAAAGUGUUGUGACUUUAUAUCGGUGGUAUUUUGUAAAUCGUAAUUUAAAACCGAAUGGUGUUGAGUUUUGAGGAAUAAGGGUGGGAUAAUGUUUACAAAUUAUCUGCCUUUUAUAAAGUCUAAAUCCAAGCUCAUCUGUUCAGAGUAGUAUUUGUUUAAAAAAAACUUCCCCGCUCAGUUUUAUAAAUGUUAAAAUUUACCUAGAUUAGUAUCGUUUUUGCGAUUUGUGAAUAAAAGCACUUGUAAAUGUA